AUGUCUUCGAAAUUACCACCAAGAGAUGAUCCUGACCAACAAAUCACUGAAACCAUCGAUAAAAUUCAAGAAUCGGAAGCUAUUCAUGAUAUUGGUCACGGCAUGACUCCAUUGGGUAAACGUGUAUUGGCUGACACUGAAAAAUUAUUAGAAACGACAAAAAGAGUUCUCGAUGAAAAAAAUACCAAUGAUGAAAUACAAAAUAUCGUUUACUAUGGUACUCAAGGCGCAAGAGAUAUUAGCGGAACGAAAAUUAUUCCUGAAGAUUUUAAACAAAAAGUUCAAGCAGAAACCUCAACUGUUCAACAAGAUGUCUCACCAACAGUACAAGAUGCUUUCAAAAAAAUCCUUAAAAUUCCUAAUCUUAUCAUUUCAAGUUCAGAAUUUCGUUUAUUGAUCAACGAGAUUAACUCGAUAGUUCAAGAAGCAAUUUCCUUAAAUAUUCCAAAACAAGAUGACUCCACCCCAUCUGACAACAAUAACAAAAAAAUCCAAAAAACCUCCCAUACUCAACAAUCAAAAGAUCCAAAAGAAGCAACCGAAGAAACCGCAAAAGAUGUUGCCCAACAACUACGCGAAGGUACAUAUCCAAUAGCAAAAAAUGCCGCAGAAAUUAGUGGCGAACAUAUCAGAGAUUAUAGUGAGGGUAAAAAAUCAUUAAAAGAAGCUGUUACUGAUGGUGCAUCGUCGUUAAAAACCGCUGUCCAAGAAUCUGUUGCAAACUAUCAACUUAGCAAGGAACAACGUGAUCGAUUGGUGACUCGUUUCAAGAAUGUGAUGAUCGAAGCACACAAGAAUCCAGAGUUUCAAGAUGCAAUUUCCGAAUUAUUGGACAUGAUCUCCCGAGUUUCACAACAUACUCAAGAAGUCACCAAACAAAUAUCUGAAACUGUGACCGAAACUACAUCUGAGACGAUAGUUGAUAAUAGUGCAAUUCAGAUUGCCACUAAAAAUGCCAAAGACUUGAUUGAAAAUUUUGCUAAUAAUCGAUCGCUUGAUCCAUUGAUCUCAUCGCUCAGAGAACUUGGUACAAAAGUAAAAACUGAUCAAGAAAUGCAUAAUUAUUUUAAAGAUCUUCAACAGUUUGUUGUCAAAUCACUUCAUGACACCAACUUUGUACAGAAUAAUGAUUAUAUUGAACAUGGAUCAAGAUUGAUUCAAGAUGGUAGAAAAAUUUUGCUGGAGAAGUAUAAUGAUAUCACCAAUCGCAUUCAGAAGGAGGCUAGCACCUUUAACAAAGCAAUUCAAAAAGAUAAAACUUUGUCCGAAUGGACAAAUGAUUUUGAUAAUUUGAUCAGUGAUCUUUUCUUGGAUGAAAAAGGAAGACCAACACUCGUUAAAGAUUUUGCAAAAAUUAUUCCUGUUUUCGCCAAUAAAAUUCAAUACGUGCCGCUUCCAAGAAUUGAGAAUUCGGAUGAAGAAUAUGAUUAUGCUUUUGACAAUUUUGUUCUUCAUUUACCGGAAAUUCUACCAAGACAUCUUCACAUCAGUUUAACAUCUGAC